AGAAUAUCGUUCAUGUGUUUAGAUUCAAGUGUGAUAUACUAUGAGAGCAAACUAUUGUUAAACACUAUUUUGAUUUUUCAUGUAAACUAGAAUAUUGCAUACAUGGAUUGCCAAGAGUUAAAAAGAUUUUAACUGAAUUAAUAAAUUUUCAUUGUAAUCUUUGAAUAGAUUUGAGUUAAAAAUUCUCGCUGUUAUUCAUGCUAUUGACAUUGCUCAACAUCGGGGUUGGCGGCUCGAAGCUGAUUCGACUUAUAUCGUCCGCCUUCUUCAGACUCGAUCGAUUGAUGUGCCUUGGCGCCUUCUUGGUGGAUCUGCUCUUGCACAAGUAUUUGGUGAAGUUGGGGAUGAGUGCCCUGAUCUCGAUGAUGUCUCUUACCUUAAAAGUGCUUUCAAUGCGGUGCAAAGCCUGAUCGAAGAAGGCUUGAUUUCAGCUGGCCAUGAUAUCAGUGAUGGAGGAUUGCUAGUAAGUGCUCUUGAGAUGGCAUUUGCUGGAAACUGCGGCAUUAGCUUGAAUCUGACUAUUCCAGAGGCUUUUAGUGUUUCUCAAGCACUCUUUGCCGAGGAGCUUGGCCUUAUCAUUGAAGUCAAUAAAAUGAAUGCAGCUGUUGUAAGAGAUAAACUUUUGAGUGCUGGAGUGUCUGCUGAAGUUAUUGGUGAAGUUACUGUUUCGCCCAUAGUUGAAGUGGAUAUUGGUGGUACAAAUCACUUGACUGAAAAAACGUGCCAGCUCAGGGACUUGUGGGAAGAAACCAGCUUUGAGUUGGAAAAAUUCCAAAGGCUAGCAUCUUGUGUGGAACUCGAGAAAGAAGGCUUCAAAAGUCGCCGUGAGCCUUCAUGGUUUCUGUCCUUCACUCCAUCAUAUACUGAUGAGAAAUACAUGAAUGCUACUUCAAAACCAAAGGUUGCCAUCAUUCGUGAACAAGGCAGCAACGGUGAUAGAGAAAUGGCCGCUGGUUUCGAACCUUGGGAUAUUGCUAUGUCUGACCUUCUUAAUGGAGGUAUCUCAUUGCAUGACUUCCGAGGUAUUGCAUUUGUUGGAGGAUUCAGCUACGCCGAUGUCCUAGAUUCGGCGAAAGGUUGGGCAGCUUCUAUAAGAUUCAAUAAGCCUCUACUAGCUCAAUUUCAAGAAUUCUACGAUCAGCCGGACACUUUUAGUUUGGGAGUUUGCAAUGGGUGUCAACUCAUGGCUCUAUUGGGGUGGGUUCCAGGCCCCAAAGUUGGAGGCGUUCUUGGGAAUAAUGGAGAUCCAUCACAGCCGAGUUUUAUACACAAUGAAUCUGGACGGUUUGAAUGUGUGAAAAUUGAAGAUUCACCAGCUUUGAUGUUCAAAGGAAUGGAGGGUAGUACAUUGGGUGUAUGGGCUGCUCAUGGGGAGGGAAGAGCUUAUUUCCCAGAUGAUGAUGUUUUUAGACAUGUAUUGAAUUCAUCCUUUCAAUGCUAACGGCUCUCGUUUAGGCGUUGCAGCGAUUUGCUCCCCGGAUGGUAGGCAUCUUGCUAUGAUGCCUCAUCUAGAGCGUUGUUUCUUGAUGUGGCAGUAUCCUUGGUAUCCCAAGAACUGGAACGCUGACAAGAAAGGCCCCAGUCCGUGGCUGCGCAUGUUCCAGAAUGCCCGGGAGUGGUGUUCAUGAGCUUUUCAUUGAUUUGGUGAUGUGGUAAUGCUGGCGACCUGUAAAAAAGAUAUUUUGAAGCCAAAUUCCGACUUAACAGAAGCGUUAGAUACCUUAGCCGAUAGCAGAACCAGACAGAAGUUUUGUUGCUAAAGCCAUUAGUUGAGUAAUAUUCGACCAUUUCUGGAGACUGUAUUUUGUGUUCUCUUCCAACUUGUUCUUCAUUCUCUGCACAUUUGUAAUAUGUUGGAUCUAUUGCUGCAGUAUUUUUGGUGAUAGUUUUAUAAUUUUCAACAA